GGGACCCCAGAAGGAAUGGACAGCAGUGGGGACCUGAGGGGCCUCUCCAGCCAGCGGGACGAUGAGGCCACGUGCACCUCUGCCUCGGAGGGGCUGGAGGAAGGGGAGGUGGAGGGGGAGACCCUGCUGAUCGUUGAGUCGGAGGACCAGGCCUCUGUGGACCUCUCCCACGACCAGAGCGGCGACUCACUCAACAGUGACAUCGGGGAGGAGGCAGACACCAGCUGGAACGAGGACAUGUCCUUCUACUGUGACAAGUGUCAUAAGUGGAUCCCCACCGCCCAGUUACGAGGAGAGCAGCCCAGUUACCUGAAAGGAGACAACUUCUUCAAAUUUACCUGCUAUGAUUGUUCAGAGGAUGGCAAAGAGACAUUUGAGAGAAUGAGACUCACCUGGCAACAGGUGGUGAUGCUGGCCAUGUAUAAUCUGUCUCUUGAGGGCACAGGGCGACAAGGCUAUUUUCGCUGGAAAGAGGACAUCUGUGCCUUCAUUGGGAGGCACUGGACAUUCCUGCUGGGAUCCAGGAAGAAAACAACCACAUGGUGGAGCACAGUGGCUGGGUGUCUGUCAGUCGGGAGCCCCACGUUCUUCCGUUCCGGAGCUCAGGAGUUCGGGGAACCGGGCUGGUGGAAGCUGGUGCAGAACCGCCCACCCACUCUGCGGCCGGAGGGAGACAAGACAUCUGUUGCAUCACUGAAGGCCAAAGUCCCAUCAAAGCCCCCGCUCGACCCCAUCAUCACAGUGGAGGGGCUGCGAAAACGGGCGGGGCGGAACCCUGUGGAGAGCGCCAUGCAGCUGAAGGAGAAGCGUUCACGCACUCAGGAGGCCAAGGACAUCCGGCGGGCGCAGAAGGAGGCGGCGGGCUUUCUGGACCGGAGCGCCUCCUCCACCCCGGUGAAGUUCAGCAGCCGUGGCCGCCGGCCAGACCUGGUGCUGGAGAAGGGGGAGGUCAUCGACUUCUCGUCCCUCAGCUCGUCCGACCGCACUCCCCUCACCAGCCCUUCGCCGUCACCCUCCCCCGACUUCUCUGCGCCUGGAACCCCUGCCUCUCACUCCGCCACGCCCAGCUUGUUGUCAGAGGCAGACCUCAUCCCAGACGUAAUGCCACCACAGGCUCUGUUCCAUGAUGAUGAGGAGCUAGAUGGUGAGGGGGUCAUAGACCCUGGCAUUGAGUACAUCCCCCCUCCCAGCAUGCCCCUGGCCACCGGCGCUCUGAUCAUGCGCAAGAAGCACAUCAAGCAGGAGGUGGAGAGUGAGGGGGAGGAGCAGGGUGGUGGGGAAGAGGGGGAGACACCCCGGGGCCUGGAGGAAGGCUCGUCCACUGCCGGCCGGGGCCGGGGCGACAGGAAGAAGGCUCCACAGGAUAAAGGGGAGAGUCUGGUGGCCCUGGCCACUCCCCGCUACACCCCCCUUAGCCUGUACGAGGAGCGGCUCCUGCUUCGUCGGCUGGAAGCCUGCCCCCAGGCGCUGGCCAUCACGCCCCAGGCCAAGCGGCUGCACAGGAAGUUGCUUGUGCGGCAGGCUAAGCGUGAGAGAGGGCUCCCCCUGCUGGACCUGGACCAGGCCAUCAGCGCCGCUCUCACCUUAGUAGGGGGCGUGUAUGGAGCCCAGGAGGGGGGUGUGAACCGGCAGGGCAUUGGGACGUACCGCACCACCAGCCAGGACCUCCGAAUCCUCGACCGCUUCCAGACCACCGUGUCCAACAGGAAAGGCUACCAACAGCCAACCAUGUCCUUCUGGCACAGGCUGAUGGGCUCAGAUGCUACCAUUGACCAGGGAAUUAGGAGCCCCUACACAUCUCGCAUCCUUAAGCCCUUCAUAAGGAGGGACUAUGAGAGCCGACCCCUGAAGCUUAAUCUGCUGGCGGAGAUCCGUGCCCACCCCCACAAGAAUGACCCCAACUGGGUCGCAGAGCCCGACGCACCCAUUGAUUACUGUUACGUUCGCCCAAACCACAUCCCCUCGGUCAACUCCAUGUGCCAUGAGAUCUUCUGGCCAGGCAUAGACCUGUCAGAGUGUCUGCAGUAUCCAGACUUCAGCGUAGUGGUCCUGUACAAGAAAGUGGUCAUAGGCUUUGGGUUCAUGGUGCCCGAUGUGAAGUACAAUGAGGCCUACAUCUCCUUCCUGCUGGUCCAUCCAGAGUGGAGGAGGGCAGGAAUCGCCACCUUCAUGAUCUACCAUCUCAUCCAGACAUGCAUGGGAAAGGACGUCACCCUCCACGUCUCCGCCAGCAACCCAGCCAUGCUUCUGUACCAGAAGUUUGGCUUCAAGACAGAAGAGUACGUUCUGGACUUCUAUGACAAGUACUACCCUGUGGACAGCAAGGAGUGUCGGCACGCCUUCUUCCUGCGCCUCAGACGCUGACGGAGCAGCGGGGCUGUGCACGGGCUGGGAAAACCAGCAUUCAGUGGACAGAAGAACAGGCACAGAAUGGAUUGGCUCCUCUCAGGACUUUUGGGGGACAUACUCAAUAGACUUGCAAAAGAAGGCCACAAGAGACACUGAUUUAAAGUCUGUAUUGAAUAUGUUGUUAGAUUGAAUGUUCUGUGUAGUAUACAGUAUGUGAGGUUACCAUAUGCAGGUGGGAUCAAACGGAAAGCAACCAUGUUUUGUUUUGAUGUACGGUUUGACAUUAUAAGCAAAGGGACUGAUUGUUUGUCACAGUUAAGUCAGACAAAACUCUUGUUCCCAGCAACAUGUUGGAACAUACACCUAAAGUUUCGACUAGAUUUAGCUCACACCAGAAUCUGUUUUUGUAAUCUGAAUGACUGUUAAAUCCAUUAUUAUUUUGUAAAUACUCAAGUUUCUGUACGUGGAAUCCUGUAACCCA